UCAGCUACAUUUGAUAUGAGACUGAGCUUGAUGAUACCGAGUAUAAAUAUCGACAUUCACUGUGGUUUCAGACAUUGCAGUUUCAGUAUUUGCAUCAUGAAGUUCUACGCUCUUUUUGCUUUUGUCCUGGCCUUAGUGGCCAUGGCUAUGGCCAUGCCAGAACCUCUGCCCGGUGGUGGCGGCGGCGGCGGUGGCGGUGGUGGUCUCACCUUUGAAGAACUCGGUGGAGGCGGCGGCGGCGGUGGAGGCGGUGGUCUCAACCUUGAACUCGGCGGAGGCGGUGGUGGUGGCGGCGGCGGUGGCAAGUAAAUCGCACAGCCAACAACUGCCAUACAUAGUUUAAGACAUUGUUAAUUGAUUUGACUGUUUGGAGCUAAGAUUUUGAACAAAUUUUUAAAAUAUUUUAAUAAAUCUAAUUUGACAACAACAAAAAAA